AAAAAUCUAAGUGUAUUGCCCACUUGUGUAUGGGUGCCCUAGGAGGCCAAAGAGGGAACUAGUAACAAAGCACUGAGCCCGCUCCCUCAACGUGGGGAAUAGAGGGGAGGAGGCGCUAGAGAGAGGGAGGGGAGGGAGAAGAGAGGAGAAAAAAGGAGAGGGAGAAAAGCAAACCAGCUAGCCAAGGUUUUUUUGUAGCUGGGGAGUCCCAUGAUGAGGACUGAAAGUUGGAGGGGGACUGGAGCAAGAGGGGGACGAUGGGCCGGGGUGAGUGGGCAGUGUCUGUCUUAGGGUGCAGGCAGGUCUGUGGGAAGAAACUUGGCUAGCAAAUCCAAGGACCUAGAUUGGAUCCCCAGAAAACAACAAAGAGACAAACACCACCUCUUCAAGGCUGGAAAAGGGGUUCAGGCACCUUGCAUGUGAGCAACAGAGACAAGGACAGCAGGGCCCGGGUCUCACGGGGAGGGAAUUGCGUGCCUAGGUGACGCGGAUGUGCAGCAAAGGCAGAGAGUUGCACGCACGGCACGCCGAAAGCUCUGCCCCUCCCCCAAACCCCACAAAGAAUCUCUAAGUUCCUCUCUCUGGCCAGAGAUCUGAUAAGAAGCCCAGGCGCAACUCCGAACAGCGGAUUCCGGAGCAGCCUCUAGCUGGCUCCGAGGCUCCCGAGCCCGGUCAUGGUAGUUUAACCCGAGCGCUCGCCGAGAGGAGGAGGGAUGGCGGGCUCGGCCGGGCGGGAAAGGGCGGGAAAGCGCAGCGCUAAAGAAAGAAAGAGGGGGAGGGGAGGAGCCCGCGCCUGGAGCCAAUGAACGGCAGCGAGGCCGCGGUGCGCGCGUCAGGCCGGCGGCGCGCGCACGCCCAGAGAUCUCGCGGGAAAAAGCCGUUGUCCCCCUCCGCCGGUGCUGCGGGGCGGGAGGUGGGAGGGGGCCUGGAGGCGGGAGCCAAGUCUCGCGAGAAGAGGCAGUUGCCGUAGCGGAGCCCUCUGGGUCUGUGCGAGUGUGGUGUGAGUGGAUGUGAGCCGCCGCCGGAGCUGCGGACGGUUUGCCCGAGCCCGUUAGCGCCGCCGGCCCAGAGUCCCGCCGCCACCAUGUCCCGAUACCUGCGCCCCCCUAACACGUCUCUGUUCGUCAGGAACGUGGCGGACGACACCAGGUCUGAAGAUUUACGUCGGGAAUUUGGUCGUUAUGGUCCAAUAGUAGAUGUUUAUGUCCCACUUGAUUUCUACACUCGGCGUCCAAGAGGAUUUGCAUAUGUUCAAUUUGAGGAUGUUCGUGAUGCUGAAGACGCUUUACAUAAUUUGGACAGAAAAUGGAUUUGUGGGCGUCAGAUUGAAAUCCAGUUCGCACAGGGGGAUCGGAAGACACCAAAUCAAAUGAAAGCCAAGGAAGGGAGGAAUGUAUACAGCUCUUCACGAUAUGACGAUUAUGACCGAUAUAGACGCUCUCGAAGCCGGAGUUAUGAAAGGAGAAGAUCGAGGAGUCGCUCCUUUGAUUAUAACUAUAGGAGAUCUUACAGUCCUAGAAACAGUAGACCGACUGGAAGACCACGGCGUAGCCGAAGCCAUUCCGACAAUGAUAGAUUCAAACACCGAAAUCGAUCUUUUUCAAGAUCUAAAUCCAAUUCAAGAUCACGGUCCAAGUCCCAGCCCAAGAAAGAAAUGAAGGCUAAAUCACGUUCUAGACCAAACUGCAGCUGGAAUACCCAGUACAGUUCUGCUUACUACACUUCAAGAAAGAUCUGAAAGCGGAAAAAAGAACCAAAGAAGGGCAGUUCAAGCGACCAAAGGGUGGGUGGAAGGUGCUGCAGUAUGAAUACUGUACGAAUAUUUUGACUCUGGUCUGAAAAGAUAAAAGAAUUAUCGAAAACUACAUGGAAUAAUUGAAGUCCCUUCAAGUUUGAAAGUAAGCAUUUUAGGACAAAUAAAAGGAAAUUCAACUUUGUACUUGUGGAAACUAAUCCCUAAAUAUGAACAGGUUUAUAUUGACUCAUGGGUAGCCGGUCCAUAAUAAGUUACUGGAAACUAGGAUGUCUGAACAUCAAGGAAGACAGCCAUAGUCUCUAACAGUGCCUCUCUUGGUCUGUCUCAAAUUAAAUUGGAUGGUAAAGGUAUGGUCCAAUAUAAAGUUUUUCCUAGUUAUCUCUUAAAAGUCAGUUCCACUUAAUGCCAAUGUUGGCAAGUCUUGCCUUUGUUUAUUCCAGUGCCAGUAUUUUCUGCCUGUUUGUUUUGUUGGCAUCCGAGUUUAUUUACUUGUAUACUACAUACAGUUUACAUCUAACCACUCCUUCCCAGGCUAAUUCCACUUAUACUUGAUAUCCACCCACGAGGGCCCAUCUCUUCUCAACUCCUGUGUAGACAGUAUGUUCAAUGGAUAUUUAUUGAACCCUUACUGUGGGCAAAACAUACUGGAUAAUUGGAGAGGAGAACAGAUUCCUUAUUUAGUAAAACCUACUGAGCACAAUCUAGUGAAUCAUUACAGUAUAACCUCAUUAUCUUGAGGUGUAUUAUGGUAAUAUUUUAUACCACUCAUAUCCUAGUGUAAUUAUAAAACCCAAUAUACUAUCAUAGAAAAGUAAUUUUAUGGUUGUUUGCCACUUAAAAGUAUCUAGUAUUUGUUGUAUCCCAUUACUACAAAUAAUGAAGAAAACCUGUGAUAAGCUGAUCUGUUGUGCAGUGAUUAAUAUACUAGAGUAUAACUCUUGGCUCUGUCAAGCAAAUAGGUAAUCCCCAAAGUAACAAGUAUUUAACUUUACAUUAAAGCAGACCCUGGGUGCUAUAAUUAGAUUAUUUUGAGGCAGACAGCUGUUAUCCCAAUGGACUUAGUAUAUUCUGUAUUGAAGAAAGUGUUUACCGGAUACGACUUUUUAGUGAUCUACUUGUACAUUUUAUAGGGGACAUAUUAUGUGUAUAGUUAAUAAAUAACUUUAUAGUGUCACAAAUGUUUUGGAUUCCUUAGUUCCUUAUCAGGAUAUGAAGCUUGUUUAUCCUACCAUUAAUACCACCACAUUCGGAUUUUUGUUGUAUUUUUGCCACAUAUUUAAAACUGUCAAUAUCUGAAAUCUGGAAACAGUGUUAAGCCUUUGACCAUUUUUUCUAAAAUGUAGUAGGAUUACACAUAAAUGAAGAGAGCGGUAAAAUGAAGGUUAUUUGUUGGGGGUUUUUGGUUUUUUUUUUUUUUUUUUUAACUUUUUUUCAGCCUGCCCAAACUCAAAAAGGCAACAGGCACCAUGUGAGAAUUAUAAAUUUUGGCUUCAUUUUUGUUGUUUUUAUUUUGAAUCAAGUUGGAAAUGCUUUUAAAGUUUUAUUUUUAAGGACACAAUAAAAAUUGGUAAAACUGAAUUUAGCGUUUAUUUCGAGAUUAUAAAUUACUAAGUGUAUUUAUACCAUUUACGUCAUCAUUAGCAUUGGAUUGGUCUUAAAGGUUCUGUGUAUUUAACAGUAUCUGUGCCGUCUGCAGUGUUCUGUCCUUUACUUGGCCUCCAUUUCCUUUCCAAUUGAGCUUAAGGCCUUCCAGAGGAGAAAAUGAAGUUGUGAGUUCAGAUGAGGUUUUUGUUCCAUUUUAAAAAUUCAAUACAUUGUUUCUAUUUACUUUUUAGAUUUCUUUUCUUUGGGGGAGUGGUUUCAUAUGCUGGAAAAUAUCCCUGUUCCUUUAUAAAUGCAGUAACAGUAAUCGGCAGCUCUUGGGUUGAGUGUAGUAAGUUUGAGGGGGGGCCCCUGUGGUUUGGGGUAGCUUGUUUUUAGUCUUGUCUAUUGUGGUUUCCAUGUAUAUGAAAGGCUGUCAAUAUUACUCAGCACUUGCUGUGCCAAGUUGUGUGUGUUCCAGAUAUUCCUACUUAACCUUAAAAUCACUCCCAGGAAAUGAACACUUAUCCUGUUUUUCAAAUAAGAAAGCUGUCUUCCGUGGGGUACCCACCAUGUGGACAGGAGUUUUUGCAUACACACCUUCUAACUUUACUAAAAGUAGAUUUAAAGUGUAUUCCAGGAUUGUAGGCUGUUGGAGCUCCAGCACUCUGAAGCUGGCUUCCUUCACUGUACUUUUUUACCAUGUUCCUUUUUUACAAAUAUUGAGAUUAGACUUCAACAAUAGCCAGGAAUCAGAGAGGUUAAACAACUUACUGUCUUCAACUGUUAGCUUCAUCAAGAUUAAGAUACUCGAUUCAUUGUUGCAGAAGACUCUCUUCUCUUUUCCUGUCCCUCCAAUCCUGUUAGUUAUUAAUGUUUGUGUAUUUGUAAAACUGGUUCACCAUUCACCCUGUGUUAAAACUGUAGUUCUUGGUUUUUUGUUGUUGGGAGUUUUUGUGUGCAGUGGGUGGGGGGGAUAAAAACUUGAGGCAUGUAAAUUUUUAUUAGUAACAGUAGUUUGUAAAGAAGUAAAAGGCUUUUGUAAUCCA